AUGAGCAUAUCGAGCACGUCCUCGCCGAGGAAACCCGUGCAGCAGGACUUCCAGGCGGCGUCCGCCGCUGUGGAGCUUGAGUACAACGCGGUCAAGCGCUUGAAACGGCUCUCGAUCGGCAACAGUCUCAACUUCGACCCGGACCUGCCGCUCACCGACAGCUACUUUCUGGACAACAAAGGCCACGACCCGGAGCUGGACAGGUCCACGUCGGUCCUCUCGGGACACUCGGCCUCCUCGCUAGGCCGCUCCUUCGACUCGUACCUGAGUGACGACGAACACGACGCCGACAGCAGCCGCAGCGGCAGCAACGCCAGCGGCAGCACCACGGCUUACAACCCCCGGCACUCGGACGACGAGCUUGUGGCGAGCCAAGGCCGUGGUGCCGGCCUGCAACAGGGCCACCGGGCGCCUGGCGAGGCAGACCUGGCCAGCUUGUCCAAGCUGUCCGCAUCCAGCACCCAGCAUGAGGACAUCGACUUCAACGACGACAGCGUCGACUUCCUCGACCCCGAAUCCUCCUUCGGCGACUCGGACAUCAUCUGGGUACCAGCCACCGCCCACCCAAAACUCUCCCCGGAAAACUUCCGAAAACAUGUCCAGAACACCGUCGACGGAAUACAGACAAAGCUGCAGAGAUCCGGGUCAAUCAAGUCGUCGCUCAACAGAGAAACUUCCUUGCGUGACUUGAACCGGACAGUAAGAAGCACCAAGCACAAUACCACCUAUAGAAAAAAUGGAAACGACAAUGAGAACGACGAUGACGCCGACGACGACGACGACGAUAAUGACCUUGUUCAGAACCUUGCAGAACAAGACAAGGAAAAUCGACUCGUUACUAAAAAUAAGGAGAGAGAGAAAGGAGGUUUGCAAAUACGCAAACCAUCUUUGAAAGAGCUUACCGUGCAGUUGGAAACACUUUCCAAACGUGCCGGUUUGGAUAACAAUGACGCAGUAACCUUGGCCAGAUCCCUAUCCACCAGGUCUAUCGGUUUUUCCAAACUUGAACAAGAGGUCUAUUCCCAAAGUGACAAUGAUGACAGUAACGAUCAGGCAAACAACAUCGAUCAGAUUCCAAAUGAUAGUAUGGCUUUGAAUCGUGCAAGAUCAAGGAAGCUGCUGUUAAGGAACAACGUGAAUAAGACCCGUGAAAGCUUGUUCAUCAAAGAUGAUUUCUUUGAGGCCGAUGGCGACGACUUUAAUGAUAGUUCAGAGAUUGACAGCGAUUUAGUCGAAAUGAGUUUCAAGUCAAGCGAUUCAGGUGACAGCUUCAGUGACUACGGCAACAGCAGCCAACCCUCCGAUUUUGCCUCAAACCUGAAAAGGGGACGUUGGACAAACUACAGAAGGCAGCAGACCUCCAGCCCCCCUUCAAUCUUGCCUAAUUUGCCAAACAUGCCCCAAAAGUCGAGAAGAGGGAUGAGCAAUAACAACCGUUCCCACCCUCAUGUUCAUGUUUACAAAGAUAUCCAGAAAAUUCACAACGCCCAGAAACCUUUGGGCAGGCCACAGUUGGAACCUAUUAAUUCGAAGACUCCUUCAAGCCGUCUUCCAGAUUUACCAAAAUCAGCCAGGUCGGCUUCAGCUCCUACCACUCCUAGUACUCCGGCGUCUGCGUUUGUUUCUUCUAAUCUUCCUUUGAAUAAUCAUAAUAGAGCAUACGAUGAUAUGCUCAAAUCCAGAAACAAUAGCAACUACCAGCAACAACGGCAACACCGUCAUCAGCAGCAGCAUCAACAACAGAAUCGCCAACCUUAUAUACAGCAAGGCCGCCAACCUUACCCAAAGCAACAAUUCGAUCACCAAAAGCGUCAACAGCAACUACAACAGCAACAAUAUUCUCCUUAUAAGCAAAAUAUUCCUCAAUCUCAUAGCCAUCAUCAACAUCAGCCAAACCAAAAGCAAGGCCAAAUUCUCAACUCGAACCAGGAUCAACAGCAUCAAAGAAAAAACCUCACUCAUGCUCAGAUGAGUCCGAUAGACAAACAACACAAUCUGCCAAAGGCUCAAAACAUAUAUCGUCCCUUCAAUACGAACCAACAAAGUCCAGUUAUGUCUCCGACAGAUUCGCCCGAUGCAACUAGAAUCAAUUUUUUGAAUUCCACUAACCAAACAAGCCAUUCGAGAAAUAGGUAUGCCAAUGACAAGAGUAUUUUAGAUACCAAGAGACAACUAGUCAAUGAAAGAGUAGCUGUCAUAAAUGAUACAAAGCCAGUUUCAUCUGCGGAUGGGAUUAAAUCGUUCACUAAUGAGCUUGAAAAUCAGAAAAUACGCAACAGAUCUAAGGAUUCGGUGGUUGGCGCUGUUGAUGCAAAUCAAAGUGGUAAAGGUCAAAGUCACUUUGAUGGAUUGGAUCCGAGUGGGCCUAAAGUGGCAAAUAAGCUAACUGAAAUCGAUACAGGUAUCGACAAAGGAAAAGACAAGGAAAAGGAGAAGGAAAAAGACAAAGAAAAGGAGAAAGAUGGCAAGUCUAAGACUAAAUCUUCUUUUUCAUCAUUUUUCAAGAUCAAGCGUGAUAAACCACGUAGUGUUUCACAUGCAACCGAAUCCACAGAAGAGCCAAAGCUUGCCUUCAAAGUCAAAAGAUCACUAUCUCAUAGCUCUGAAUCUGGCUUGAGUUCACCAAAAGCAGAUUUCAAAUCAUUUUUUGGUGGUAAGAAGGACAAGGAUAAGGACAAAGGAAAGGAAAAGGAAAGGGAAAGGGAAAAGGGAAAGGAAGCGGAGAAGGAGAAGGAGAAGGAGAAGGAACAAGAUAAAGAUAAAGAAAAGGAAAAGGAAAAGGGAAAAGAAAAAGAAAAAUCCGAAUCGACUUCCUCGUCUAUUAUCAAGAAAGCUCACGAUGGCAUGAGCUCUUCUCCAAAACUGGGGGUAGGCCUCUUUUCCUCCCACGGUAACAUUCUUUCCAAAAACAAGUCUAGUGAGAGUGUGUCUGACGCAAACAACAAAAAAGAGAAAACUGAAGGCAGCAGCAUACUUGGAUUCCAGCAUAAGCAUAAAAAGGAUAACACAGAUAUCAAAACAAAAGGAAGUAAUGCGCAGAACAAUCCUUCUCUUCAACAUAGAGACAGCAGUUUGACACUUAACAAAGGGGUUGAAAGAAGUGAUUCGAGGGCAAUCGAUCAGAUUUCUUUAGCUGACGAGUCCAAUGAGAGUACUCUAACAAAUAGUUUAGAGGAGGGUGAAAAGUCCAAACUUAUACAGACAGUUCUAGCCUCAAAAAUACCGCAUUCAUCACCUGGGACUGUGUCAACUCCUACUGUUACUUCAGUCGAGCGUGAUUUGCCUUCAGCGGCUAAAAACGGCCUAACUGUUGUAACCUCAAAUGAUAUAUUGACAAGCUCAGGUACAACAGAUUUGACUAAUGGUGAUCCAAAUGCAUCAGCGGUGAUGACUACCACCAUGGUGAAUCAAGCACUUUCUCUUCCUGCUAAUGAGAGUGUCCAGCAACCACAGGCCCCAGAAACAACAGUUUCUCCAGAGGCAGAAUCUAAUGAGUUGAUCAAAAGGUCACUUGAGGAAACAUUACAGCAGAACGAACGUCCAAGUAAGCCCAAUCAACCCCUUGAGAUGAGAGACUCUGCUUUUGGGUUCCCAUUACCACCAGUCUCAAAUUCCACUCUCGUCAUGUUGGAUCACAGAUUCCCUGUUCAAGUGGAACGUGCAAUUUAUCGUUUGAGUCACUUGAAACUUGCAGACCCUAAGAGGCAAUUAAGACAGCAAGUGCUUUUGAGCAACUUCAUGUAUUCCUACUUAAAUCUGGUUAAUCACACAUUAUGGAUUCAAUCAAAGGAGCAAGAGAGAAACGAUAAAGAGCAGGUCGGCUCUGUGGUUACUUCUACCGAAGUUACUACUCCACUUAUGUAA